UGGAACUAUUUGCUUACAAAGAACCAAAAUGGCGGAAGUCAAGGAGGAGACGAGCGUAAAUCAGGAAUAUGGAAGGGUCAUUUUAACCCUUGAUAAUGUUCUUAUUCCACCAGAGAAACUGUCUCCAACUCCUUCAAUGUCCGAUGGACUGGACCACGAAGCAGAAACAGACUUGCGAAUAUUGGGAUGCGAGUUAAUUCAAACUGCUGGCAUCCUUCUCAAACUUCCUCAGGUUGCUAUGGCCACGGGGCAGUUAUUAUUUCAACGUUUUUACUAUUCUAAAUCAUUCAUUAAACACAGUAUGGAGACUACAGCUAUGGCUUGUAUGCACCUUGCAUCAAAAAUUGAAGAAGACCCACGUAGAAUAAGAGAUGUUGUGAAUGUUUUCCACCACAUCAAGCAAGUAAGGAAUGGAAAGAUAAUCAAGCCUUUGAUCAUAGACGAAGGUUACGUCAGUAUAAAGAAUCAAGUGAUCAAGGCAGAGAGAAGGGUCCUGAAGGAGCUGGGCUUCUGCGUUCACGUCAAACAUCCACAUAAGAUCAUCGUGAUGUAUCUACGAGUGUUGAAGAGCGAGCGUCACCAGCGCCUUGUACAGACAGCAUGGAACUACAUGAAUGACAGUUUCCGUACGGAUGUGUUUGUGAGGUACUACCCAGAGACCAUAGCCUGUGCCUGCAUCUAUCUGGCUGCCCGGCAACUCAGGAUUCCUAUGCCUAGCAGUCCGCGCCCCUGGUUUGAACUGUUUGGUGUGGAAGAAGAAGACAUCCGCGCCAUCUGUAUGACCUUGCUCAAGUUGUAUGCCAGACCUAAGCCUAAUGCAGAGAAGCUGGAUGCUCUAGUCAAACAGUGCCACCAGAUCAUCAAUGAUAAGAAGAAGACGUUAAAGGACCUAGGAAUCUCCGCGGGAAAUACUCCAAACUCCACUUCAAGGCCUUCAUCCCCGAAGAAUGUCAGCCCUUCUCCCCACACCCUAGUCGCCAAGGUGAAGCAGGAAGAGGACAGGUCGGACAGGAGUGGAAGCCUCAAGGACUACAACCAUGUAGAUCGCAAGAAGAAAAGAGGUCACACGCGUAGCAGGAGUAGGAGCUCUUCUGUGCCAAGAAGUUACAAAAACAGAAAUACCUCAAGCAGAAGUCACAGCAAAAGUCCAUCACCUAAGAAGAAACGACAUUCUCCCCCUAGAAAAUAUAAGAAGGACAAAGCUUACGACCACUACGAUCCCAAAGACAAGCAUCGCAAUGUGCACAAGCGUCGAAGGAGCAGGUCUCUCUCGCCUCGAGCAAGGAGCCGUAGUCGCUCUUACAGCCGCUCUCCCGAUCGCAAACACUCCAAGAAGAACUUGAAGGAGAAAGAAAGAUACAGGUCAAGGUCGAGGUCAAAGGAUCGCCAUAGGUCCAAGAAACACGGAGGCAGCGCCAAUGGGCAUCACAAGUCCAGUGAAAAGUAUAAAGCCUAUGAUAAGCAUAGAUAUGAUGAUAGGUAUAGAAGAUGAUGAGUCCUGAUUUAAGUUCUGUUGUGAAGUAUGUACUUGUAAGAUGACUCUGUUCUGUUGCCUUUACAUUGAUUGGUACCUUUGGUGGUGGCGUUUUGUCUUUUUUUGGCAAAUUCGGAUUCCUUUUUUCUCACACUUUGGCAGUCUAGUGACAGCUAGGGAGAAGCAUAAAUUUAUUAGCGAAAAGAUAAAAUCCAGAAGUUAAAGUAAAAAAAAAAAGGCUAAAAAAAUAUUAUGUAAACUUAAAGAAUAUGAAAGAAAAACUUACUGACUUGCACUUUCCAAUGAAUAGGUUAACAUGUAAGAUGUAGGAGAGGAUGCGUCUCAGGGAUCCUUUGGUUGUAUAGCUUGAAAUGUUUGAAGAGUAAGUCAACUGAUUAAUGAUACACGUUCACUGUAUUCUGUUUUUGAAAUGUUUGGGGUAUAGUUACCAGAACAUAUGUAAAUAAAGCAUAUGACAGCCCAUAUGUAUGUCGUGUAGCACUAAGCUAAGGUAGACUUGAAAAUUUUUGUGAAAAACAUGGAUUAAAAUUUUUUCUCCUCAAGUUCAAUCAUGGGAUGCGACAGUUUGUAGAAAAAAGGAGUUUGUUGUUGUUGUUGCAUAUAUUUUUAUUUAUCUUGAGUCUACUCGAAACUGAGAGGUUAGGAAGCAACAUUUCCUCCCACAACAUGUAAGAAUUUCAAAGUACUGGAAAUGUUGUUCAUAUCUGUUGAACCAUAUAUAUCAGGCAGUUAUAGAGGCUUGUAGAAAUGUGCAUGUCCAACUGAAUUUAGAGCUUAUUUUUAUAGGCUUGUCUAUUUAGGAGUCUGCUUAAUCCUCUUGGCAUUAGAUGUACUGUGCCUUACUUGGCCACAUUUGCUUCACUGUGUAGUUAUACAUUUAAUUGAUGUUUUGUAAUUUUCUUUCUGCAAAUUGUGAAAAAUGAAAUAAUCCCCCUUGUAUAUAUGUAAAAUAGUGAAAAUAUUUAUUUUUAUUGUAAUACUUCUUAGAUAUAGGGGCUGCAAAAUUGCAGUCUCCCAAUUUUCAGGUUUGGAAGGGUAUUCACACAAGUUGUUGACAAGACUGGACGAUAAACAAAGUGCCAUCGUGCAAUUUUUUUCCUCUCAAAUAUUACAGACAAUAAGUUUGAGCCUUAUUGUUGCUACUCAUUACAAUAAAGCCAGUAUUUUAAUAAAAAAAAGUCUAAAUGUU